AUGUCUACAAUAACGGACGAUCUCUUGCCCAACAUCAUUAGACGACAGCAGCACAGGAAAAGGCCUUAUGCUACUGUUGUCGGCGUUGACGGCAUACUCCAUGAGUUGAGCUAUUCCGACUUGGAAAAUGCAUCCAACAGAGCCUCAUGGUUCCUUACCGAGCGAACAGCGGAUGAGGAGGUCCUUUACAUGGGGCCUAGCGAUAUCCGAUACCUCAUAUGGGUCAUUGCCGCUAUGAAGACAGGCAAAUGCGUCCUCUUUCCCUCGCUUGCCAACCAGAUCCCGGCAAACCAACGUUUCUUUGAGACUGUUGGCACCAAGACUCUGCUCUAUGCACCCGAGGCGGCCGGUCUACUGGCACCUCUUCGAGAUGCGACGCAAGGGACCAUAACACACAUUGCGUCUCCGACGUACGACGAACUGAUGAGCGCCGAGACCGCACCAGUCUACCCUUUCGAUAAGUCUGCCGAUGACCUCCAAGAUACCAUUUUCUUGGGCCUGCAUACAUCGGGAACAUCGGGACACCCAAAACCCAUCUAUUGGAACAAUGCGGCACUCCGCACCAUCCCUUCAUUCCUCGACCCAGGUCUCAAAGCCCUCUGUGGAGAUGGUUCGAGCUUGAUGAUGGAGCUUUUCCAAGGCCACAACAUGCUCUCCCCCUUUCCUCUGUUCCACUUUGGCGGCAUUGGGCCUGCUCUCGGCAGCAUCUACAGCGACAAUACACUGGUGCUGCCAGGUCCUGGCGUUCGGCUAAGCCCUGAGAACUACACUAUCCUUCUUCAAAAGGGCGAGUGUACGGCUACUCUUGCACCACCAUCGGUUCUGGAAUCUAUGCUCAGCUACCCACCAGGAGUGGACGCUCUUGCUGCGCUCCAAUGCGUCGCUUACACCGGUGGCCCCCUUAACCCCGGCAGGGGCGCGGCGUUGGCAAAGAGACUCCCCCACCUCUUUACCAUCCUUGCCAGUACCGAAGGGGGGGCAGGUCAUUUUCUCUCUUCGGGCGAUAGUUCACGUUGGGACUCGUUCAAGUUUGUCGACGUUGGCCAGCGGAUGGAGGAGGUGUCACCUGGUAUCUACGAGCUGGUGUACCCCCGGACAGAGCUCGUCGACCGCACGUACGCCUUCUUCCACACCCAGCCCCAUGUGUCGCGGGAAUUCCGUACUUCGGAUCUGUUCUCUCCUGUUGACGGUCAGAGUGGGUGGUGGAAAUACAGGGGCAGGGCUGACAACUGGAUUGCCAUGUCCAAUGGGGUCAAGAUGGAUCCAACCGAGAUGGAGGUCACGAUUGCUGCGCAUCCUGAUGUCACAGGAGUACUCGUGGCGGGCUCGCACCGAUUUCGAUUGUGCUUGCUGAUCGAACUAAAGAGCGAUAUAACCGAUCCAUCACUGGAGCAAUUAUGGCCAACUAUUGAGGCAGCGAAUAAGAAGGUGUCCAAGUCAGGACGGGUGCCAAAGGAGCUGGUCAUAUUGGCUAGACCGGACAAGCCGUUCCUGCGAGCCGGGAAGGGUACCAUUCAACGAAGACUUACCGUCCAGGCCUAUGAGAAUGACAUCGAAAGGCUCUAUGAACAAGUUGAAGAAGGGCUGCUAACGAGCGGAGUAGCCCUCCCAUUGUCGACCGAGCCUGAAGAUUUGGUACCCUUCUUAAGGGAUUUAUGCUCACAGACCCUUCUUGAUGACGACGAUGGCCGUACCAUCGACGGCGAUGACGACCUUCGGGCUUCCGGUCUCGACUCCCUCUCCACUUUCAUACUGCUAGCACGUCUAAAGGCCUCCCUGCGAAAAUACGGUGUCGAGUCACAGAGACUCCAUCGAAUAGACAACAAGCUACUAUACUCUGCGGCGACAUGCCGACAGCUCGCCAGUCAUAUAUCGCAAGUGCUUUCCGAUGCGAACUCGUCCGAAGAGCCCAUUGAGCACAGAGACGACUCUGCAACGACACAGAUGUUGGAGAGGUACAAUGUCGAGCUCCAAAAGCUUAUCAGAAACCCCGAAUCGCAAACGGGCCAGAAACCUGAUGCCGAGGUUGUCGUACUGACCGGAUCGACCGGGUCCCUCGGAUCUUAUAUCCUGUCCUCCCUUCUCGCCAGAAGCGACGUGAAGAAAGUGUUCUGUCUGAACCGCGAAGGGGGUACCAAGAAACAGUCCGCGUCGUUCAAGGCCCGGGGUCUGCCAGACUUGCCCAUUGACGACGGUCGGGUUGUAUUCUUCCAGACCAACCUCGCGGAGCCGAAGCUCGGGCUGUCUGACGAGGACUACGCCUCACUUACACGAGAGGCAACAUCCGUCAUCCACAACGCCUUCCCUGUCAACUUCCUUCUCAGCCUCCAGUCCUUUGAACCACAGUUCCAAUCUCUGCUCAACUUGCUUAGGGUAGGAGCCGAAGGCCAAUACAGCCCACCCGUGUUCUUCGUGUCGAGCAUCACCGCUGCGACACCAGUCACAAGCAAUGCACACGAGGGAACGGUCCAAGAGGAAGUCCUUGAUCUGGACCAGGCGACGAGUCUACUUCCACAAGGUUAUGCUCGAGCGAAGUACGUAUGUGAGCAGUUACUGGCUAAGUAUGCCUCAGCUACAGGGGCAAAAGCCGCGGUGCUCCGAGUCGGCCAGGUCUGCGGUCCCCUUUCAGGAACGGGCGUGUGGAAUGCAUCCGAAUGGGUCCCCUCUCUCGUCCGGAGUUCCAAGUUCCUCGGCGCUAUCCCGGAUUCCCUAGGAAGCCUCGAGGUCAACUGGGUUCCCGUCGACAAGCUCGGUGACAUAGUUACUGAGAUCGUGUGCGGUGCUCAGGAGCAAUCGGACGCGGGGAGGUUCCCGGUGUACAACGUGGUGAAUCCGACCACGACCCCUUGGAGCGCGCUGCUACCCGCGCUUGAAACCAUUGCGCCUAUGGCUGUUGUUCCUGCAAGUGACUGGGUCGCUCGGCUUCAGAAGAGUGAAAGGGAGUCUCAUGUCAUUCACGAGAAUCCCGCCGCCAAGCUUGUCGACUUCUACGAGCAGACGUUGGUGAGCGGGGAGAUGGCAGCCAGAGUGGAAUGUGGCAACCUGUUGCGGGCGAGCGAGACGGCUGCUAAGCUGCCUGCGAUCAGUCAAGAGCAUAUGGCUCGAUGGGUACGGAGCUGGGGCUUUUGA